ACACUGACAGUGAGUCAACACUUCAGCAUCCUCUCCUCACGCUCACGCACACGUCCUGUUUCUGUACUGUUUCCUUACUUCUCUUUUUCUUGCAUUUACGGAGUGCUCCACAAUUUAUUAAUUAUAAAAUUUAACAAAAAAGAAAUAUUAACCAAAUUUAACUUAACACCUUUAUAAUGUCCAACUGCGAAGACAACGCCGUUAGUGAUGAUGAAUUCCAAGACGCAGAGUCAAAAACAAAUGCAGACAUAAUCGAUGAAAUUGUUUCCAAACAAAGUGAACUCUCGUUGCAGGACAAUGAAGACAACAAAGACUCAGGUCAUCUGGAUGUAAUCGAUAAUGAAAACAAAAAAUCCGCCACUGAUAUAUUCUCCGACUGCCACGAUGAUCUCAUCGACGAGGAGCAUCUGCGAGAACUAGAAAAGGACCUAACCGACGAACAAAAACUCAAAAACAAAGAAGAAGCCGAUACAUUAAAGCAGAAGAGCAAUGAACUCUUCAAGUCUGAGCAAUAUACCGAGUCGGUGGAAAUGUACACGAAUGCUCUUAAGCUCUGCCCGCUCGAAUAUACCAAAGAAAGGUCUGUCCUCUAUGCCAAUCGAGCAGCGGCAAAGAUUAAACUGGAUUCCAAAAAUGCAGCCAUAGAUGAUUGCACCAAGGCCCUGGAAUUGAAUCCAGACUACGUGCGUGCGUUGUUAAGGAGAGCGAAACUAUUCGAAGAUACUGGAAAAUUGGAUGAAGCCUUGGAAGACUACAAUAAAGUUUUGGAGUUGGAUAAGGGAAAUUUAGAAGCAAACGAAGCUGUUGUACGAUUGCCUCCACUCAUACAUGAACGCAACGAAAAACUUAAAGCCGAAAUGCUCGGCAAGCUGAAGGAUCUUGGAAACAUGAUUUUGAAACCCUUCGGCUUGUCCACCAAUAAUUUCGAAAUGAAACAAGAUCCAUCUGGAUCGUAUUCGUUUAAUUUCAAUCAAAAUAAGUAAUCCACACGACGACGACAGAAUGUUUUAAAAACAACUAUUUAAAUAAUAAAUUUAACUACACGUAGAAACUAUGUAUGUAAUAAUAUAUUAUUUUUUUUUCGAUUUCUAUUUAAAGAUGAUUUCUAGUUUCUAGAAUGUCAUGCAGGCUUUAGCAUUAUAUAAAAAUAUGUAUUGUACAAUAAACUAUGAUUAAUUUUCUAUAAUGAUAUUAAA